GACUCUGAAUCCAGUAACCCGAGUUCAAGUCUCGGUGGAACCUACUUUUUGCGCCUUAAUUUCCCGACCGCUAAUUUUCCAAGCCUGAAGUCCGAACUCCGGAAUCUGAACUAUGAAACAUACUUUCAAAUAUUUGUCGCUGCCACCAGGCAAACACUCUCUCUAACGUUCCUGGAAAACAAAAAAAAAUUCCGAGAAAAUUGUGAAGUUUUUUUCGCCAGGGAAAUGGACCCUGAAACUCGACGGAAAAUCGAGGAAGCAGUGCUCGACGUACUGAGGAAAGCGAACGUGGAGGAGAUGACCGAGUUCGAGGUCCGACUCGCGGCCUCGAAGCGACUAGGGAUAGACCUCUUGGAAAUCGAGCGCAAGGGGCUUGUGCGGAGCGUGGUGGAGAAUUUCCUGCUUUCGACAAUGGAGGACGAAGAAGGAGGUGGUGAGCGCAAGGAGGCCGAUUCGAAUCCUCACGAGGAGACCAAGGAGGUGGUGCAGGAGGAGGAGGAGCAGGAUACAAGGCUGAAGAAGGAGGUGACUGACGGCGGAGAUCGCGUUGUUUGCAAGCUUUCAAAGAAGAGGAGCGUGGUAGUUCAAGAUUUCAGAGGGAGAAGUUUGGUGUCAAUUAGGGAAUUCUAUGAGAAGGAUGGAAAGCUGCUUCCUACUGCCAAAGGAAUUAGUUUGUCAACUGAACAAUGGUCAGCCUUCAGGAAGAGUGUCCCUGCUAUAGAGGAAGCCGUUAGCAAGAUGGAACUAAAGUUAAGAUCCCACCUUGAUGCUAAACAAACUGAAGAUGUAUGUAAUUCUGUGAGUGAUCUUGCUUCCCCAGAAGUUGUUGAUAUUGCCACCCACCGUUUUUAUGGGAAGAAUUACCAUUUCUGGGCACAGCAAAUGGAAUUUUUCUUAAAGCAAUCAAAGAUUGCAUAUGUACUCACUGACCCAUGCCCAAGUGUUUCUUUAGGACAGGAAGCAACUACUGAAGAAAUUGCUAAAGCCAAACAUCAUGAACUAAAGUGGGUGAAUGAUGACAGCAUUUGCCGUCGCAACAUCUUGAGCUCUCUGUCUGACCCUCUCUUUUGCCAAUACUCUAGAAGAGCUGGGAGUGCUAAAGAACUGUGGGAAGAGCUUAAAUUAGUUUAUCUUUAUGAGGAGUUUGGAACAAAGAGAUCUCAAGUUAAGAAUUACAUUGAAUUCCAGAUGGUUGAAGAAAGACUCGUAGUUGAACAAGUUCAAGAAUUCAACAACAUUGCCGACUCUAUUGCUGCUGCUGGAAUGUCGAUUGAUGAGAACUUUCAUGUCAGUGUCAUCAUUUCCAAACUUCCAGCAUCUUGGAAGGACUUCUGCAUCAAGUUGAUGCGUGAGGAGUAUCUUCCUUUCAGGAAGUUGAUGGAUCAUUUGAGGAUCGAGGAAGAGUGUCGCAACCAAGAGAAGCAAGGAGAAUCUUCUAAUCUGUUCGGCAAUCACGGUGUCAGGAAAUUUAGACCACAGACCAGAGAUCCGAAGCUGCCGGGCAUGCGAUGGAAUAGACGAGAAUCAGAGAUUAAUGGAAGGCCCAUAAUCUGCCACAAUUGUGGCAAGAAAGGGCAUAUUUCGCGAUACUGUCGAGGGAAGUUUGUCAAUGAAAAUAAUGAAAACAGAGAUGUGGGCAAUGGAUCAAUGCCUGCAGUUACAGAGGUUAACAUGGUUUAGGAAACAAAUGAAGUAGCUGAUUGACAUAGAAACCACCGAACUCAAUUGUAGUGAGAUCUUUGCUUGUAGUUGAAGAGGUUAAGGGAAUCAUGAAGUAGCUGAUUGCCAUGGUCACCAUCCAUCUCAAUUGUAGUGACAACAUGUUCAAUUCUUCAAGAUUUGGUCAGGACAAAAUUAAGACUGGGCUUGAAGUCUUCUUAUCUAUGAAGUGUGUUGCCCAGCAAAGCCCCCCUCUAAAGAGGAUAAAAUUUGACUGUAUAUGACAUUGUGAUCAGUAAAUAAUAUGUUUCCCCUCCCCCCCUUUGUUUCCCCCUUUUUUCCCUGAAA